UCCGGAAGUGUCGCUGUCGGCGGUAUCUAGCUUGACACUGAUGAACGCCCGCCUCUCUCCUCUCGACAAGGUUCGGCUGUUCUCGUCGCGCAACGUUCAAGUGGAGGAGGAACAGGAGAGAAGAGGAGAGGCGAGGGGGGAGACUGGUCGCGUUGAGAAGGAAGAAGAAGGGGUCAAAAAAAGUCAACGACAGUUAAAUAGUGACACCGAGCCGUCGGCGCAGGUGAAAGCGGCGCGACUCGGCAGCCCCUGACGUCGACCGUUGGGUCCGUGCGGAGCCCGUUUCCCUCCGUGUCUGUGGUGUAAACACACGGGUGGAGCUGUGACACUGCGCCGACAGGUCUCCUCCCAGUUUGUUGACGGAGGGAGUUUGGCUUCGGUGAAGAAGAGGAGACGCGGCCUGACCCCGACCGUGCGACUCCACCGCGGCCAGCGUCACGUUGCCCAAGAUGUCGUCGAAGCCUCACAGUUCCAAUAACAUCGCCCACGCCCGGCGGAUUGUCCAGCAGCUAAGAAUAGAAGCAAGCAUUGAGAGGAUAAAGGUAUCCAAGGCCUCUGCGGAUCUCAUGAACUACUGCAGUGAACACGCGAGAAAUGACCCUCUGCUCAUGGGCAUCCCUCCUUCAGACAAUCCCUUCAAGGACAAAAAACCCUGCACUAUAUUGUAGUGGAGGCCACUUAGCCUUUUAUGUGUUUGUUUGUUUUUGGUUUUUUUGCUUAUUAAUGUUGCUGUAUUCCUUUUUUUGUUGGGAGGAGCGAUCCUAUCAUCGCCACCUGUUCAGUUUAGAAUUCAACAACGAUGUUCUCAAAAAUAGUGAGUAAUAAAUGAUAAAUAAACAAUGAAACUAUCAACCAUGGCAGCGCCACUGUUCAGGUUGAGGCUUUGGCUGCAUGAGUUAUGAUGGCAUUAGGUACAUUAUUAUCGACAGCAGAUAUUGUUUUCUGAAUAUUUGAUGGAUUGGGACCUUCCUCUGUCUACACAGUUUCAUCUCCAUCUGGAAGUGACUGUUAUUGCCUUAAGUGAAGUCCUACAGCCAAGGUUUCACUCUUGUCCUUUUAAAAGUGUAUUCUAAGAUGGAUGAUAAUGGCUGACAACCAGUCGACCAGUAUUUUACAGAUAUUGUCCAGUUUAGAUCCCUGAAUUCAAGGUUUACAUUGAGCUUCUACUCAAAUGACACCACGAUGUUUCUUUGAUUGGGGCAGUUAAGUCAAACCAUCCUAACUCAAAGUAUUCUGCCACCCAUCACACUGUGACUUGUCCAUGACAGUCCACAUCCCGUUUGAUCCACUCUCCUGUCACUUAUUUGCAGUAUGAUUACAUGAUACAGUGUUGUCUUCAGCUGAAGUAAGCCUCCUUGGUUACUAGGUUGUUGUUUUUUUGUCAGCUGACUUUGUGUAAUGUAGAUCUUGUGACCAAGGCAAAAAGCGAUGACGCUGCAUUUGAAGCAUUUAAACACGUGUCUCCGUAUUCUAAUCCACUCCUGCUGAUUACUUUGUGUGGUACGAUAUUUUUAGGGCGCUGACGUCACGGAGCACGACAGCCAGUGUCACACUGUGAGCCACGCCUGCUUGCUCGUCAUAACAAGUCACUCAUCAAAUGUGCAAAUCGUUCUUUAAGUGUUUCUGGUGCAAGUAUUGUAGGCACAGGUUUAAAUGUUAGUGUCUAUUCGUGAUAAAACCACUGUCUCCAUUUUGUUUUUAUUUGUUUUUACUGUAACAUUUGUGUCGGUGGGGUCUUAGAUCUUUAGACUAACGUGUCCUGCAUGUUGUGAUUCUCUGGGGGGAAAAUAUCUGCUCUGGUAAUUUGAACCAAAACAGAAUAGUAUGGAUAGUAUAGAUUUAAAAUAUCACUCUGAAGCCUUACUUGCCUUGAACCACAAAGAACACUCUAAAUGGAGUAUUUUCCUUUAAAAAAAAAUGUUUCUAUUAAUAUAUUUUUUAACCUGGGGGAUAAAAGUGUAACAAUGCUGUGCCAUCUGUUUUCGUUUACAUGUCACAAGCCAAACAUUCUUCUCAGCAGUUUUGCUAUCGUUGCCUUCUCCAUAAAGUUUCCUUCAGGUCUUCAAAAUAAGAUCUAGAAAAGUUCAUUAUAAUCCAGCUGUGUUUUUUUACGAUUGUCUCAGUCUGUUCUUUUAAUGCAAUAAAUCAACCCUGUACGCCUCCUAAGGAACAAUUCAGAUCACCACUGCCGUGUAAUUUCCUGUCAUGCCCUGUAAUGGCCUUAUUGGACUGUUGAUUGACUCAGUUACCUGUCAAAAUGUGCAAAUGUCUUUAUUAAGACACCAACAUUUGUAUGAAGACUGACCUAAGAUCAAUAAAGUGAAGCAUUCCUACAGUACGGUUCUGUACCCAUCCCUCAAUAAAGAUGUGUUUCGCUGCACAGUCAGACGAUUUGAA